AUGGCAGUGGCGGGGUCGCUCCCAAGUCGGCCAUUUCAUUGGCGGCCCACUGCUGGCAGCACCCGCCCUCCCCUUCGCGUCCGCGCCGGUCCAUGGCUUUCUUCAUCCGCCGUCGCAGCUUUUCCUAAUUCUCAAGAGAUCCGAAAACAAAAUGUCCUUGACCUCGUGGCCCGCUCGGACAAGCCUCUCGAUGCUCGGAAGUACAAAUUCCUGCAAGCUCGCAUGGGCAGAGACGAGAGGAAGGAUCUCUUUCACGACGUCAUAAGGAGUGGUGUAUUGGAUUUCUGGGAGAGAUUCCAAAAACCCUAUAUUGUUGGGCGUGAUACCGCACAUAUGGAUGAGCAGUUGGUCCUGUCCUCCAUCGAGCAACUCUUGGCCUUGAACGGCUGGGUUGCUGCCCUCUGUCCCACCCUGACCCGCCCAUUCGGCCAGAACAAGUACGAAGACGCGUACGAAGAUCUUGCCAAACAGGAUCACCUCUAUUUCAUCGGUAUGGUCAUACAUUCUGCGGACCAUUUCCUUGUAGACCAGCUGGCCGUCAUCGUCCAGCUCGCGAGGCGGUUUGGCAGCUCAAAUUUAUUCGUCUCCAUGCUCGACUAUGAUUCUACCGACUCUACCGCUACCCUUACAGACUUGUGCGAGGCAGUGCUCACUCUGCUAGGUGUCCCAUUCCGCAUCCGCAGAGUUCCAGGAAUGACUUUCGACCCUGUCGCCGCUUACUACCCUCUUGAAGAAGCAUAUACCCGAAAUCUAGUCCUCGAACCGCUUCAUGAAUUGGAUGAGAAGCGUAAUAUCAAGUUUCAUAGGGUAAUUUGGCUCAAGGGGUUCACAUGCCCGAACGACAUAUUGGAGACGAUUAAGUUAAGUAUCACCAAUGAAGCGGCCAUGGUGUGUGGUAUGGACUGGGCCGAACACAAUGGCUUCUUUAUCUUUUCAGACCGGUGGAGGACGCGCGACAUCAACGGAGACCAGUUCCGUCAGUCCAAAUCAUCUUCGAUAUCCAACUCUCCUCUUACUUCAGUUCCGCCUCGUGAUGUGGUCGGCGCUCAGCGCUACACGCAACAUCUCCCUUUCCAAGCCUUCUGCUGCGAGUCCGGGACGCACGUCGUAGACCCCGCCCAAUCGUAUUAUGCAGGAAUUGCCUACCGCGCAGGUACAAACUUCCACAACGCUAGCACGCCUGCAGACGCUCCGAUUCGGCACCCUGAUGACAAGUGUCUGGACAGCACACAAGGGUGGUUCUGCAGGGACCUCUGGACGUGGAAAGCGAGGCAGGGACUGCGCGCGCUCAGUGCAGAUGACAGUGAGGCUGCCGGUGCCGUGAAGGACGUUGUGGCCAAGCGUGCAGUGGAUGACGAGCAAGUCGAACCCAGGCAGGUGGAGAAGGAGGAUCUGGACGCCGACGCAGGUUCUGACUAUGACGCGUCCGACCCAGAACUCGCGGACCCACCGCCGGCGGACUCGCAGAGCCCCUUAGACCUCAGCAUGCCCAACUCUGUCUUUGUCCCAGCACGCAUCAUGGUGAACCCGCGGUGUGUCACGACGUACGCCGGGGUGAAGCACACGCAGCUCGCGCUUGACCUGUUCGGACCACCGGACCGUGAGGAGCGCACCGAGGAUAUGAAGAGCAGGGAUGUGCUUGACAAGUGGGAGAGCGCGCCGGAGACCUUUGUGUGCCAGGAACAACAACGUACUGGUGGUAGACGAGCACCAAAGACUCAGAGGCGCCUUAGCUUCUCGAUUCACAGGGAACUGGAGGUAGCUUUGACUACAUAG